AUGUGUGCCCUUUAUACUAAAGGUCUCCUCAAAACCUCACUUUACUAUUCUUUUGAAGGCAUACCCUACGCUGAAAGCGUGUCAGGUGAAUUUAGAUUUAUGCCGCCGAUACCAAAGGAGCCUUGGCCAUAUAUCCUUGAUGCAACACAAGAUGGUCCUGUGUGUCCUCAAUUGAAUGCGUUUGGAUUUUUAUCUGUUAAUGAGGAAUAUGCCUGUGGGAACGCUGGUAUAAAAGAUGUAUUGCUAUCGUUAAAGUGGAUUAACAAGAAUUUAAAAUAUUUCGGUGGUGAUAGCAGGAAAAUCACAAUAGGUGGACACAGUUCUGGGGGGACAUUAGCGCAUUAUUUGAUGCUUUCUAAAAAAACAUCUGGACUGUUUCAAUGA